AUGCAUCAAUUUUCAAGUUUUACACCUCUCUCUCACAAGUCUGCAGUCUCCCCUAUAUCCUCCUCCCGAAUGAAAGAAAAUCUUUAUGCUCCUACCAAGAAUUACCUUAAAGAAAAAGUUAUCGAAGAUAACACUUCAUCAAAAUCGGCUAUUGCCCCAAUUGCAAGAAAAUUUACUAUAAAUUUCAUCAGCAUUUUCUAGCAAAACCAUUAUUUAUUUAAAAAAUUUCACCUAAUUUUACUAAAAGGGCAGAAAAAAAUACCGCACCGAUCAAAAUCAACAAGUGGCAAUUCUUCUCCACAUGUAAAAUUUGAGUGUGAAGAAAAUAUUGAUGACCUAACCAUAAGGCCGUCUUUUGAAGCUGAUUCUCUUGAAAAAAUUAAUCAAAAACAAAAAUCAUCGUCUUCUUUUGUUCAAGAAUUCUGUGAUGUCCAGCCUCCACCUCCUGAUUAUGAGCCAUUAGAAGUAGAAGAAUAUGAUGUUUCUCCUUCUACAUUGUGGAAGCCUAAAGACUUAGAAUAUUUGAAUUCCAUGAUGGAAAAAGAGCUCGAGUAUAUGCCGAAUCCUUACUGUUUGCAGACUAUGCAAAAAAACGUUAGUUGCACCAUGAGAACGAUUUUGUAUGACUGGAUGAUGGAAGUUGCGUCUGAAUUUACGUUGAAAAGAGAAACCUUCCAUUUAGGAGUGACUUAUGGCGGUAUAUAAUUUUUUAAUUUUUAUAGUAAAAUAUUUUUUUCAUAAAAUAAUUUUUAUAAGCCACUUAUGUCGAUCGAUUUUUAUCAAACUACCAAAAUAUAAAAAAAGAAGAAUUUCAGCUGAUUGGGAUGUGCUGCUUAAAUUUAGCUGCAAAAAUCGAAGAGGUUUAUCCACCCAAAAUAGAAGACUGGGCCAGAUCAUGUGAUAAUGGCUACUCACUUGAGUCUAUUCGAUAUAUGGAGAAUUUUAUCUUGAAAAUCCUUCAGUGGAAAGUAUUCCCCGCAACAGUUUUCAACUGGUUAAAUUGGCUAAUAACUCAAUGGGAUAUAUUUAUAGAAUAUCAUUUUGGCUGUGUGAACUAUAACAGAACCACUGAUUUUGAAAAUCUACCCCCAGAAGAAAAGAAAAAACAAAACGAGCUUUUCGAAAAAAGAUUUAUUGCAUUUAAAUACCCAAAUAAUCAAUCAUAUUUAAGAUAUCGAGAAAUUUUACAAAUUUUAGACGUGGCUGUACUGGACUUCGAUAUUAUGAAAUACUCCCCAAGACUUUUGGCUGCUGGGCUGUUAUAUUUAAUGGUAAGCAAAUAUUUCUAUGAAACUAAUUAUACACUGCUUUAUUAUGAUGGGCCUGAUUAUGUUGAUCAGCAGCCUGCAGGAAAUGAGCUUGACAGUGACGAAGAAAAAAGAAACGCCUUUGAGGAGUAUGCUGAAGCUCAACAUUUUGAAAGUGCCUCAGUUGUGCAGGAGCUAUAUGCUGGUUUUAUUUCAGCAGCACUUGGGAUUAUGAGUAUUGAAGAUAUUUAUCAAACUGUCGCAUUUUUUCAUCCAUUUUUAGAAUUUGAAGUAGUUUAUGAGCUCCCAAUUGUUUGCAAAAUUUUAAGCAAAGAGAAGCUUGAGAGCCAUUAUGAAGAGUUUCUGUCAUAUCAAACUCAUAAUGUGAAUAGCGUUACUUUUGUGAACCAAAAAAUGAAAGCAGGAAGAUAUUAA